CCCCAUCUGGACAGUUGCAUAACGUCUGUUUCAGGAUUUAAGCUCCACUCAGAUUUGACUCUUUCUCCUGCUGCUGCUGUUCUGCACCUCCUCACUUCUUUCAGGCUUUGCUCUGCAGACAUGGCUACAGCUGGUAAGGUCAUCAGAUGCAAGGCGGCGGUGGCCUGGGAGCCCAACAAGCCGCUGGUGAUGGAGGAGAUUGAGGUGGCGCCGCCUCAGACCAACGAGGUCCGCAUCAAGAUCGUGGCCACAGGUGUGUGCCACACCGACCUGUACCACCUGUUUGAGGGAAUGCACAAAGACGGCUUCCCGGUGGUUCUGGGACACGAAGGGGCCGGCAUAGUGGAGAGCGUCGGCACCGGGGUCACCGAGUUUCAGCCAGGAGACAAGGUUAUUCCUCUGUUCAUCUCCCAGUGUCGAGAGUGCCGCUUCUGUAAAAGCCCAAAGACCAACCAGUGUGUCAAAGGAUGGGCUGCUGACCGCUACGACGUCAUGGCUCUAGAAGAAAGCAGGCUCACCUGUAAGGGCAAGAAGCUGCUGCAGUUUCUGGGAACCAGCACCUUCUCUGAGUACACCGUGCUGAACCAGAUCGCCGUGGCUAAGAUCGACCCGGCUGCGCCUCUGGAUAAAGUCUGCCUGCUGGGUUGUGGGGUCUGCACGGGGUAUGGAGCGGCAGUCAACACGGCCAAGGUGGAAGCGGGCUCCACCUGUGCUGUGUUUGGUCUGGGAGCCGUGGGCCUGGCUGCAGUCAUGGGCUGCAAAGCUGCAGGAGCCCAGAGGAUCAUCGCCGUCGACAUCAACCCCGAGAAGUUCGAGAAGGCCAAAGUGUUCGGUGCCACGGAGUUUGUGAACCCCAAAGAUCACAGCAGACCCAUCAGCCAGGUUCUGGCUGAGAUGACUGAUGGAGGAGUGGACUUCUCCCUGGAAUGUGUUGGAAACGUUGGAGUGAUGCGCAGCGCCCUGGAGUCCUGCGUGAAAGGCUGGGGCGUCAGCGUCCUCGUGGGCUGGACCGACCUGCAGGACUUUGCUGCUCGGCCCAUUCAGCUCAUCGCCGGCCGUACAUGGAAGGGCACCCUGUUUGGAGGGUUUAAGGGUAAAGACGGAGUUCCUGAGAUGGUCAAAGCCUACCUGGACAAGAAGGUGAAGCUGGACGAGUUCAUCACCCACAACAUGACUCUGGACCAGGUCAACGAUGCGGUGAAGCUGAUGAAGAACGGCCAGUGCAUCCGCACGGUCCUGAAAGUCUCUCCAAACUGAGUCAACAGACGCUGCCAAACUGUUCAAAGCCCCAGAGCCACCAGGAGAGCAUUCAUCAUCUGCUGCCAGGAUGCAGCUAAAGCUCAUCAACCCUGCCUGGUGGCUACGUCUGAGCUCAUUGUUGGCUAAAGGGAAACAGUUUGGAGCGAAUAAAGUCAAAUAAACCCAGUGUUUUUCUCCUG